CACACUGACGUCACCCGUUCAACAACAAAAAAAAAAAAAGGAAAGGAAAAACGAAGCGAGCCCGGACGCGCACAUCGCUGGACCGGCGAUGCACACCCUAACUCAUCCGAACCCAGACCAACUGCGGACGGGACGGACCGGACGGGGCACACGGGGAUAAACCGUCGAAACGUCAACGACGAGCGACAGGACUAUUCCACUCGCGCUUCUCUGGCUUCCUCAAACAUUCCUCGCACCUGUCAACAGGCCACGAAGUGACAGGCUCCCGGACGCGGACGCCGCGGGACCUCUGGACAUGACUCUGGAGGAUGAACUAGCAACGGCCGCCGCGACGGGAAACACGGCCGAUGUGGAGGAUCUCCUGCAGGCGGGGGCCUCUGUUAACGGGGCGAACCGCUUUGGGCGAACCGCUUUACAGGUGAUGAUGAUGGGCAGCACGCCGGUGGCUCUGCUCUUACUGAAGCACGGAGCGGAUCCCAACGCGGCGGACAGAAGCACCGGGGCCACGCCGCUGCACGACGCCGCCAGGGCGGGCUUUCUGGACACCGUGCGGCUGCUGGUGCAAUAUCGGGCCGAGCCGCAGGCCAGAGACAAUAGAGCGCGUCAGCCGGUGGAUUUGGCCGGAGAGAAUAACCACGUCGAUGUUGUGAAUUUUCUGCAGUCUCUGCCAAACUAGUCGGUGACGAAAUGAUAUUUAUGUUUAGAACAGAGACUGGAAACAGGCCCCGACGAGGCCUGCAGCCUUAAAUGAUGCAAACACUGUUCUGGUGUAAAACACUUUAUUUAUACGUCAUAUUUUUAGCUGAUAGGCGUCGUUAUUUUAUUUGUUAACGAAGGCAAGGUUGUCUAAAGCAAACUAUUGGAGAUAUUUGGUUUAUGGGGACAUUAACACCAAUGUGUGCAUCUUGAUUCAUCUUCCCCUGUAAAAAAGAAAUAAGACCAUUUGCCUUAAAGGAAUCUCACUUUAUACAUUUUUACUAAUGUUCAGUAAUUUGUAUUUUUUAAAAUAGGGUUAAUUCUGGUUUGCUUUGUAAAUCAUAUGAGGCAUUUUGAACAUCUUUCCAUGUGUAAUAUUUAACGAAAGCCAUUCAAAUGUUUUGCUCAUUGAAUAUUAGCCUCUAAAGGACACGCUGUUCUAUAAACACUAUCGUUAAUGUGCAGAAAAAAGUUGGAGCUCCUGUUUGGACAGUUUAUAUUCAGAACUCGGUCGUUAUGCACUUUAAUUAAAUUAAAUAUUUAAUGUUUUAAUGUAUGCACAGAAGAGAUGCACGAGUAUUGGAAAGACAAAUCAAAUUGAAAACAUGGGAUUACUGUUUGAAUACAGGUUAAAUGAAGUUUUAACUAAUAAAGAUAUACUAUAUUAAUAAAGUUUGACUGAACAUGAA